AUGGCAAGGCUUGAUCGGCUUCCUUUCGAGGUUCUGGCCAUCAUAGCCGGCAAUCUUGCACCCCGGGACAUACACAGUACGAGUCUGACUUGUCAUCGUCUGCACUGGGCUCUUAUGCAUAACGAUCAUAUCGCCAAAAAGACACUCCAGGCAAAUGCCUCCUCACGAAUUUUCCAUGGCUCAUACGCUCACGGCUUGCAACGCUUCGUCAAGCGGCAAUUGGCCGUGACGACCGCCAAUCCCUUCUUUGCCGGCGUUGUUGCCAUGGCAGAUACCUUUGUCUACUCCAAUGGCAUGCUUUGCUAUACGUCACAUGACCGAGGAACGCUGAUGCCGGAUACUUUGCGGCUUCUCGACUUGCGCCAACCUUCGUCAGCUGAGAUAAUCAUCCAUCUGAAACUCAUUAGAUUUGUGGGAAGCGAUUGGAACUUGAAGCCCCUAGUUGAGCCAAUCUAUUACGCAGACGGUCUCGUGUCGUGCAUCUUUGCACCCGCCAGCAGGUCCCGAACGAAACAGAACACACACAGCGCACUCUUCGUGUUUCGUCCUGCCAGCAAUCAACUGGUUUUGACAUAUCCGUUGGCGCGUCCUGGGCAACAAGACUUUUGCUUUGUCCGCAACACCAGCGAGCAAGUAUGGGUAGGAGAAUGGGAAAACGUCGCCGAUGGCCGCGGUUGUCUUGUUCUGCAGUUAUACGACAUACCCAACCGCACCUGGAAACUGCCACAAGUUCGGACGCCAGCACCGGUAGGGGAUGAGCUGGGUAAGACUGUGUGUGUGGAAAUCAUUGGAAACUACAUGUACGUCGUUUCCAACUCGGCGACCUCGAAUGCCAACCAAGCUCGCGAUGCAGACUGGAUGUCGCAUUACUAUGCAUUUAGGUUCCCCCUGGCAGCGCCCGAGAAACUCGAGGUUGCCCCCAAGGAAGGCCUCUGGCGCAGAAAUCACAAGGAGGGGCCGAUUCAUGACACGACCAUUAGUCUGGAGACCGACACGCACACCGGCAGGUUGGUCAUUGUCGAGGUCCGGACAGAAAGCCCAGAGGCUGUUUGGCCUCCAGUGACCACAUCCUAUAAGACCUUUCUCGACUUUGCCCCUGCUGCCUGCAACAAUUCACCAGUUGCUUCCAAGGAGCAGGCCUGGGGCUUCCGCGAAGCCUCACUCGUUCACACACUCGAAACCUCUCAGCGAUACAGUUCAUAUAGACCAUACAUCCGCUCAUACCAUCAAGACAGCGAGAGCUUUCUGGAAGUCUUUCCAUGUUAUGCCACUGUUUCAGGCGGCGAGAUGAGCUCUCCAACUCAGCCCUGGCUCCGACUGCGAUCUGUUGCGAAGAGCAGUGACGCCAUGCCGGCCGCAUUCUGGCCCGUUAGAUCCACACCAAAUCUUUACACGGAGUCUAAUCCAUAUUUUGACCUCAACUCACGUUACCCUGGACGUUUUCAGGUACAGGGAACAGCGGACGAAAGAUCCAUCGUAUACGCCUUGGGGGAACGAGGUCCUAAUGUACUGAGACCAGUUGUUCUACUAUCCUUCGACCCUGGCUACAGACACAGGCGUAGGUAGAAGACGAACAAGUGUAGCGUCGCGCACAGAAUCAGAGCAUUGUUUAGGCCCCGGCGCCAUGAAGUAGCGAAUAAUAAAUGUGGAAAAG